CAAAAUCUCGAUGCACCUUUUUUUACUUAUAUGUGUAAGAAUAUGAUUUUGAAAUCAUAUAUAUAAAAUAAAUGACUUGUAAUAUCGAAUAUAACUAUAUCUAUAUAAGCGGCGUAUAAUAUAUAAAAUAAAGUAAACACGAAGAAGAAAGUAACAUAACGUUUCGUACUAGCAAAAAAAUCCGUUAAUAUGAUUAGAAAUUUACUCUGAAGCAUAUGUAACAUGAGAUUUUGUAUAAAUUUCACUAUCUUAUCAUUUUAUGUAAAAUCAUUCAUGUAUAUGCGUCUUCGUUUGAUUCUAAUUAUUUAGAAAAUUAUUAAUAAAAAAUAUAUAAGGGCGCACGUGCGUACGAGUAUAUAUAAACAUCAUUAUAUUCCAGAGUUGUAAUUAUUAGUGAUAGUAGUAUUUGUAUAUACGAGUUGUUGGAGUCUAGGUAAUAUAGUUAGACUGUAGGAAGGCUCAUACUAGGAAUCUAUUAUUACACUGGGUCGCUGCUUUAAACUCAGUCGGUCUUGGCAUCGCGAGCCGUGAGAACGCUUCAUCGUACACCUGAGCCGGCGAGAGCCGCGCACAACGCGUUCAGUCUUCUCUUGAACCGGCUCUUUCUUCGUUCGUUCCUCGUUCUUUGUCCUCGUGAUUUUUCUCUUUUCAUUUGUAAAGUUAAAAUAUCACAAAUUCGAAUUAGUAACGUACGUUGUUAGAAAGACGUGGUCAAGAUGCCGUACUACGGCGACAGUACGCCUUAUUAUUAUGGAGGAGCGUUUGCUAAUCAUAGUUCUCUUAUGACUGGAAUACCACGAAGUUUCCACAAUCCACUGUCUGCAAGAUUUGCACCACAUCUAUCAACGAUCACGGAAUCAUCGUUAAGCAAUCUACGACGUUAUUCACCUGUCAGCACGGUAACUACUCGCGUUAGACGAGUGAUUGAUACUGCCGAUAUUGAUGUAUCGACACCAAGAACUCUGUCAUCGAGGGAUGAAAAUCGGCAAAGAGAUAAUCGACUUCGCCGAGACAGGCCAACGAUAAAGAUAAGAUCGCAAGCGUUGAAAGAUAAUCCGGCGUUGCGAGAGCACAAUGAGAAGCACGAAAAGAGCGUAGGCGAACUGCUAGUGGAAAAAUUCUUAAUAAAGGAUAAGAAAGGACUUGAAGAUGAGGAAUCUCGAACGCGCGUUUAUCAUCAGGUGAGUCUCGAUCGAGAAAACAAUAUGCAGGACUUGCAGUCGAUGCAAGGAAGAAUAACGCGAAGGAUGACGAGGAGAAGAUCAUCAGCCGAUAUUCAACUCGAUGCGAAACAAAUCCAACGAGAAGUUGCUUACGCUCAGGUCCAAGCGAAGGUUUUGGAUAGUUUGGUAGCUGAGGAGCAAGCUGAAAUUGAGGAUGAAGUUAGAAGAGGUACUUUGAUUAGAAAAGGUAUUAUUAGAGGUUCCAGACCGAUCUCGUCUUUCUUUGGAGACAGCGAGGAAUCUGUAGAGGCUGAAGAUGAUGAAAACGAAACGGUAUCGAAGAUGAAGAAAACGUUUAAAAAGAUAAAGAAGAAGAAAAAAAUGAUGGAAAAAGCAUCUCCUACCGAUGAGAAGGAAAAAAAAGAAGAUGCGCUUGAAGUAAGACAAUCGAGUACCUCUUCCAACGAAACGUGUAACAUAGAAGAUGCGAAAAAAGAUGAAAGUCAGGAUGAAAAUAAAUCUGAAAAUAAAUCCGUUUACAAAAUCGAAGCAUCUAACAGCGUUGGUGACUUUUCCACAAUUUGGGUUAACGCAACUUCAGAAAAUAUGGAGAAAAAGGAAAGCAUUGAACAAUUCAGAGAAAGCAUUAGGAUUCCUGUUCCUAAAAAAGCUUUGGCUAAUGUUAAGCAGAUUGCGGACGUUGCCUCGGUACCGGAAAAUGGCAUCCUUGAAGAAAUCGAAACUAAGAUCGUAUUGCCAGUUCGUAAACCCUAUAUCAAAGAUUCGUCAAGAAACAGUGUAUAUCUUACUUUAAAAACGAACGAUAAAGAAAAGAAAAAGGUGAACGUUAAGGAUACCAACGUUUCUACUCUACAAAAAAUGUCUAACGGUGUAGAUGCUCUUACGAAGAAAGAUUUAUUGAAGCUUCGAGUUAGAGACACUUUGCAGAAAGUCUUAGAAAUCGGUAACGAGACUAACGAAGACGUUCCAUUCGAAAAAUCAUCGAAAUUUAUCAAAGACGCGAAAGAGAAAGUCGUAUCCAACGAAACGAAAGUUGAAAAAAAUAAAAAAAUAGGAAAGGCAAUUAUCGAUAACGCGAAUCUGUCAAAACCUAAAGACGACAUUGUGAAAAAAAAUGGAAGAGAUACGGUAUUGAUGGAUAAUAAUGCCGAAGUUAAAACGAUUAGCGUAGAUAAUUCAGAAAAAAAGGAAUCGAUAACAGCAAUGGAUAAAAGCUCGGAAACAUUGAAACAGAAAAUAAAUGAUGUCAAGGGUAAACGAAUCGUUGAGAAAACCGACGAAAGUAAAUUAGCUCAUAAAGAGGUCGAUAAUAAAAAAGAAGAAAAGACGAAAAACAAUGUUGACUUGUUGGCUAUCGGUGAUACGAAGAACAAAUUAGGAAUAAUUGAAAGCGAUAUAUCGAUGAAGAAUAGAGGGAUUCCUAUCUGUAAUGAUACGGGUGAAAACAGCGCCGCGGUGUCGUUGGUGCUUACACCGAACGCUUCGUGCCUGCCAAAACCGUCUAAAAUUAAUACGGAUGAAAAUAAUGCCGUAGAAGCGCCAGAGCUUUCGUUACGAGUGGCAGCGUACCUGGCAAAUCCACCAAAAAUUGAGAAUUUCGAGGACACAGCUGCGUCAUUAGCGGAAAAUACAAUAAAUAAAGAGGAAACCUUGAAGAGGAUUCCUCGUGGGAAGAGAAUCGAUGUGGAGAACGUGACCGGUACAAAAUCGAACGCAAUUGAUUCGGUGAUAGCCAAGUCCAAGGACGGUGACGUUCGUGCAACAAAAUUAAAUGCGAAGAAUAAGGACUCCUCGAAUAUUACGAAGGACGAUCUAAGAGAGACUAGAGACGCGAGUACAUCGAAGAACAUGAGCUCGUUGAAAUCCAUGAUGGCGGGGGGAAAUACGAAAGAGGUCGACGGCACGGCGACCGUUUUAUCGCGGAACAUGCCAACGAAUUCAACGUACACCAACAAAACUGAUGCUGCGUUCCAGAACACCGUCUUGCGUAAAGGACCGUCGUUGGUAGUAAAACAAAGUGCAGAAUCUAUUCCCGCGAAAUCUCUCAUGGAUGUGAAUGACAAAUCGAUUAACGGGAUGGAGAUAAUUAACACUCCGAUUAACGAAAAGAUGGUAGAUUUAUUGAAGAGCGAAUCCACGGAAUCAAUAGACUUUUGGAGCGAAAUCAAAAGUAACGAACCGAAACAAAUGCAUUCUAUCGAUGAUUCCAAAGUGGAAUCUAUUUCUUCGUCAUCGUCGUCGUCGUCGUCGUCAUCCUUAUCGUCGUCGAUAAAAAAGCAACCAGACGAUAAGGAAAAAGGAAGUGAUCUUAAAAUAAGCGUUGCACCCAGCACUCCAACAUACUUGUCCAGUAAUAUCACGACGACGACGACAAUGACGACGACGACGACGAUGACGGCGACAGCGAUGGCAACGAUGACAACGACAACGACGACGACAACGAUGACGACGGCAACGAGUUUUCCAGAAAAGCAACAGCGAGGAACGAUCGCAAAAAGUCCCUUCAGUGAGAGCAAGCUUAUCAAGAACAAAGAGAAAGUUACAUCUCCUGAAGCUGAAAAGGAGAAUAAGGAAACGAUAACGGGGGAAAAAAAGAAAAUACGUAAGAAAGCGGAUCUUGUGAUCUCAAUACCAUCUUCAUCGAAGGAUGUGUCCUCGACCGUGAAGAGAAAAAAUCCUCCGAUUAAACAAACCGAAUCCUCGGAUAAGACUCCAUCUUCAGUAGUAUCAUCACCUUCUACGCCAACUCAAUCUCAAUCUGAAUUUUCUACACCCAUCAGUGAGGUACCUUUUACCGCAGUACCCUUGAUAAAUAUCGUUGAAGCGUCACCAAUUAGCGAAUCUCAAAUACAGGAGAUAGACGAAGAAGAAGAGAGUCCUAGCACACCUACCAACGAAUGGACCAAUUCGCCCAUCGCACUGAUCUCAAAGUGGAGCAAUCAAGAUAAUCUUUCUAAUGCCGAUGAUCAUGAGAAAACUAUGACACCUGCUUCUUCCAACGAGGCCAGUCUUGUAGCGACACCCAACGAUAGUCAACAAGCUAGUCCGGAAUCCUCGAAGAAAAAGAAAAAGAUUGUUAAGAAAAGGAAAUCGAGCUCGAAAGAGAUCAGUAGCGAAGAGAACAAGAACGAACAAAAAGAUAGCAAAGGAUCACGCAACGAGACGAUAUCAAAGUCUCGUCAAGAAGCAACUAGCACUUUGAAACCUCCUGAAAGCAGUUCGUCGUCAAGAUUAAGUCCUAAGAACUCGCCUACUCAGAGACCGAUCGAUCUAAUAAGAAUGUUUUACACUACACCAUCUGCUUUACUCACGGCUACGCCAAGGGAUCUUUCCAAAGUCAGACGAGCAAAGAUCAAAAGAAAGAGACAUCAGUCGCGAACACCAUCAGUGAGUAGCGAUAGUACCGGAAGUACCGCCAGUACGGCUACUACCAGUAGCACCGAUGGUAGCAGUGCUUCGACCUGCACCGAAUUGGAUGACGAUCCAGAGCACAAGAGGAUGGCUUCGACGAGAAGCAACGAUUCUGGAUUCGAUGGUUCGCCAAGAAUUUCCAAUUGCGAUAUGGCCUGUCAUAAAAAGUGUGAAAAGCUCACAGGGAAUCUUUGUGGAUUGAAUCAAAAGCUCGUUGCCGAAGCUUUGCAAGCUCUUAAAAAGGCUCCGUCGCAAUCGUUAGAGAACCAAAGAAACUCGGACACGCCGGAUCAUUUUCCAAGUGGUCGUAUUACACCACCGGCCAUAAAUCUGCCAAGAUUCAAAAAGUACGCCGUAACGGAUUUUAACUUUCUCAAAGUCCUGGGUAAAGGUAGCUUCGGCAAAGUAUUACUAGCAGAAUUACGUGGCACAGAGUGCGUUUAUGCGGUUAAGUGUCUGAAAAAGGACGUCGUCCUCGAAGAUGACGACGUCGAGUGUACAUUGAUUGAACGUAAAGUUCUUACGUUGGCUACAAGGCAUCCAUAUCUCUGUCAUCUGUUCUGCACUUUUCAAACAGAUUCGCAUCUCUUCUUCGUCAUGGAAUAUCUUAACGGAGGAGAUCUUAUGUUUCAUAUACAAAAAUCUGGUCGAUUUCCCGAAGUUCGUGCACGUUUCUAUGCCGCUGAAAUUUGGUCUGGCUUGAAUUUCUUACAUAAGAAGGGUAUCGUUUAUCGCGAUCUUAAACUCGAUAAUGUGCUCUUAGACUUUGAAGGACACAUUAGGAUCGCUGAUUUCGGUAUGUGUAAAUUACAAAUAUUCCUGGAUAGAACUGCCGACACUUUCUGCGGCACCCCAGAUUAUAUGGCACCUGAGAUUAUAAAAGGAUUAAAGUACAAUCAAGCUGUAGAUUGGUGGUCAUACGGAGUUUUGUUGUAUGAAAUGCUAACAGGCCAAUCACCAUUUUCUGGUUGCGACGAAGACGAAUUAUUUUGGAGCAUUUGCAAUGAAAGACCUUUCAUACCUCGAUACUUGAGUCAAGAAUCAACAGAUAUGCUGGUCACUUUGCUAGAAAAAGAUUCUGGAAAGAGGCCACCUGCUCACGAAAUUGCAGUACAUCCCUUUUUUCAGUCUUUGCCUUGGGAUCGGUUAGAAAGGAGACAGCUUGAACCUCCCUUUAAACCAGCUUUGGAACAUACCUUGGAUACCAAAUAUUUUGACACGGCAUUCACAGUUGAAAGACCGCGACUCACGCCUAUACCUGAACAAAUUUUAUCUUCGAUGGAUCAAGGCGUUUUUCGUGGAUUUUCAUAUACGAAUCCAAAUGCGACAGACUGAUAUACCAAAAAGUUUGUUAGGAAUUUUAUAUUCUUCGCAUUCAACGUUCUAAUCCUUUUGAUUAUUUAUUAAAAAACAAGGAUGAACGUUAAGAAAUUUCUCUUUGAAAGAUAUCAUGAAAUUAAAGAACGAUCACAGUACACGGAUAUAAAGUUAUCCAGAAGGUUUUCUUUACGUUUACAUCCACGGAUCGUUUCUUCUGUCAUGAAAUUCUUUUGCUAAAUGUUCUUAUACGAGCAUGAGGUGAUACAUAUGUAUAUGAGCAUGAUAGAUAUUGUAAUUAAAACUUUUCUCUCUUUUUUUAAUGUUAGUAACAUUGGACACAUUAUGCAAUCGAUCGUUCAUUGACUGUAGUAAAUAUGGUAUAUUAGCAUAGUCAUUAGGAAAGGAAUAUACGAUUUUUGUUCCUUUUUUACACUGAUAUAAUGAGUUUUAUCUGUAUCUUGUUCUAAGUUUUCCCAUUUAAUAAUAUCAAAAAUGUAAAAAUUAGCUUUCAAACACAUACUAUUACGACGAUAAACAUGAAGAAGAAAGUACAAAAAACUCGCAUGGUUUCAAUAUUCGUUGUAGUCAGGUUUUCAAAGAUACAUAAUUAUCCAACGGUCAUACGAUUAUUAUAACAUUUGGCUUCACGUUACCGUAGCCAAGUUAUUAAUAUCAGAGUAUUUUAUUAGAUAGGACUACGAUAGACAAAAUCUCGAGUUUUUAGCUCAUCUGUUAUAAUUUCUCCUUAUUUACAAGUAUUUUUUGCUAUUCUUUUCUUUUUAAUUUAUAUUUCCUUCCAAUAUCUUUAUUCUUCUAAAAGUUUUACCAUUUCUUUCUCUGUAAUACAUCACGAUGAUGUCUUCUCCUACAGAUUCAUCUCCCACUCACUUUUCUUUCAUCCUCUCUUCGUUUGGCCGGCAACUUAUCCUUUUCCCUCCUCGAUCUUCCGCUCGUACAUUUAGCUCCUCGCAAACUACGCGCUAAUUUUAGACCGCCAAGGAAUUGGCAAAUUGGCAUAAGCUUUCGAACCGACGGACUCUAUUUCUUCUUCCUUUUCUCUCUUUCUCUAUGUCUUAUUCGCUUUUUCUUUUUUUCUCUUUCUUUGUAAAUCAUAAAAAACAUGGAAAAAUAGCAAUCUAAAAACAUGUAUGAGAUGUGACGAAAGAAUUAAAGUUAAUAUUAAGAAAU